CUUGUCUGGAAUGCAGUAGUCCUGCUCACUCCUACGGCUCUCGUCCUUGCUGUCGACAAACGACGGAACCCGGGUCUCUACGAAGGUUCCACAACAUCUCCAUCUACUGGCGACAACUACAUUUUCAAGAGUGAAGCAAUGAGAAGAAUCUUCGGUUUAGGGUCCGGUUCGGCUGCCAUACUUCCAGGCGCAAACUCAUUGAGGAGAGCCAGUUGGCUCGGUGGUCUUGGUUCCAAAUCGGAUGCCCCGCCAGGACUUGGAAACUGGGACAAUUCAUGCUAUCAGAACAGUGUUUUGCAAGGACUGUCUGCUCUUCAGUCUUUGACUACUUACCUGGAACAAUCUGACGCGACCAAGUCCGAGGAUACUUCAACAACUGUCGGCUCCUUGCGUGACCUCAUGGCAAAGCUGAACGAUUCUUCCAAUAACGGCUGCCGCAUUUGGACCCCCGCCAAGCUGAAGUCUAUGAGUAGUUGGCAGCAGCAGGAUGCUCAGGAAUACUACUCGAAGAUCAUGGAUGACAUGGAAAAAGAGACGACGAAAGCAUUCAAGAUUGCACCAGGCACCUCAGGACUGCAUGAAGUUGGCUCACUGGAUACUGUCAAGGCGUCCGGCUCGAAAGAUCAGACUUUCGGCGCACAACAACGCAAUCCGCUCGAUGGUUUCCUUGCUCAACGUGUCGCCUGUACUAGUUGUGGCUUCUCUGAAGGCCUUUCCAUGAUUCCUUUCAACUGUGUCACUGUACCACUCGGCAGGAACUACCGUUACAGAAUCGAAGAUUGCUUGAACGAAUACACAAGUCUGGAAGAGAUCACUGGCGUGGAAUGCGCAAGGUGCACAUUACUCCGUACCAAGUCACAGCUCGAGAACAUGACGACAGAAUCGGACAACUCGACUGACCACUCAGUCACUCUACCUCCUGAGCUUCGUGCUAUGAUUCUCCAGAGGUUGCAGGCUGUGGAGCAAGCGCUGGCAGACGGAGACGUUUCAGAUGAUACGCUCAACAAGAAGUGUCAGAUUCCCAAGAAGUCCCGGGUAUCUAGUACCAAAACUCGUCAAGCUGUAGUUGCUAGAGCGCCGCAGUGCUUAGUGAUACAUGUGAACCGAAGCGUCUUCGACGAGUACACAGGUGCUCAAAGCAAGAACCUUGCCGAGGUUACAUAUCCCAAAACACUCAAUCUGGGACCGUGGUGUCUAGGCACCACAAGAAAUGCCGAUGCGAGGUCUGAGUACAUCCUUCGAGCUGCUGUUACUCAUUACGGUCGUCAUGAGAACGGCCAUUACAUCUGCUAUCGCGAGCACCCAGAACAUAUUCAGGAUAGCGAUAACGAUAUUUUGUCGAAGCCUACUCCUACAAAGUGGUGGCGGCUCAGUGAUGACGAUGUAUCUGCAGUCAGUGAAGACCAUGUCCUCGGACAAGGCGGUGUUUUCAUGCUCUUCUACGAACGCGUC